UCUUUCACAUGAUUCAGACUAAAUAACGUUGUUAUGCUGGUAACAGUACAAGCAGAUUGAAAAGUUAAAAAGUCUUUCUUUUUGCAAAGGAAUAACGCAUUCAAUCUAACUGGACUUACGAGCUACAUCAGGUCCACAUCAGAUCAUACUGCAAGAUACGAUAUACCAAUCAGCAAUCAUGAUCUUUAUUCCAGUUUCUACGUUCCUCUGUUGUUUUUUCACACUUGGUGGAUCUCACAACACUGAUCCUCUCGUUGGAAAUGCCAACAAUUUUAUAGACAUACUGAUUGCAAACAUCAAAGGAGAGCUUGCUGAUAAUCUUAACCCUUACCAUUUACCGGAGAAAUCUAUCAACUUUGAGCAAGAAAUUUUCCAGUUGCCUUUGCGAGGACAAGCCAGCCUAUACGAUGGACAUCUGAUAGGGUUGAAUACUUUACACAGAGCUGGUGAUUGCACUAUCCUGAAGAAUGGUAACACCGUGAACAUUACAGUCAGCUUAGGAAUGGGGGUCAUGAUAGGCUCCUACAAGGGUUCGGUAACUUUUAUGGGUCGCGGACCUAGAGUUGACAUUAUUGGCAGACUAGGUUAUGCUUCUGUUAAAAUGGACGUUAUCCAUGAUUCUCUUUUGGGUGAAAAUCGUUUACAGGCUUUUAACUUAGAACAACUAAACGGCCUAACGAUCAAUAUUAAAGGCCUUGGUCCACUAAGUUUUGUCGUGAAUAAAUUGUCCUCAGCUAUCCUCACUCUCUUUGAAGGAUUGGUUAAAGAUGUCGUAGAAUGGACGUUGAAGCCCAUAGUCGAAACCAAAGUUAGGAAUUAUGAUUUAUCUUUCUUGGAUUGAGUUAUUUACUAUCAGAAUAAUAAAUUAGUUAUGCAUUUUUAUCGUUAACUCAAAUAGUUGUAUUGGAAUAACUCAAUUUCAUAUGAGAUAGAUAUUAUGUGAGUGAUCCUAGUAUUAUGAAGCAGUUUGUGAGUACGACACUUUAAAUUGUAUAUGUUUUUUAUUGAAUCUCGAAUAAAACAUUCAUAUUUCCCCCAAA